AUGCCGCCAUAUCCGCCGGAAAAUUUGCUUCUCCGAGCCGAAGGCCGCCUCAAAAACGCUGAAAUCUCCCCCGAGGCUCGCAAUCCCGUAAUUCUAGGACUUAAUCACCACCUAACCAUCCUCAUUAUACCCGACGCCCAUCAGAAGGUACACCAUUCAGGUGUAGAAUGGACUUUAAGUGAGCUACGAUGGAAAUACUGGGUGCCCCGUGGUCGACGUCAAAUUUCAAAAAUGCUGUACAAAUGCCGCGAAUGUCAACUGUCUCGCUCCCGUCCAAAACCGCCCAUUAUGGCAAGCCUGCCAAAAGAACGUCUUCCAGCAUUCUUACCAGCAUUUACAAAUGUAGGACUAGAUUUCUUCGGCCCACUUUAUGUUGUCAUCGGGAGAAAAACGGACAAAAGAUAUGGUCUACUAAUCACUUGUCUCGCAACACGAGCUGUUCAUCUAGAGGUAGUCUGGUCACUAACAAGCGACGCUUUCAUCAACGCCCUUCGCCGUUUCAUAAGCGUCCGUGGAAAACCCGCCUCCAUAUUUAGCUACAACGGGACCAACUUAGUAGCAGGAGAAAAGGAAUUAAGAGAAGGAAUCGACAAACUCAAUUCAGAAAAGGUCACUAUGCACGCUGCCGAGCUAAACAUCCAAUGGAAUUUUUGGCCACCGUCAGGACCGCAUUUUGGUAGAGUUUGA